AAUAACACACAUUAUUGUCAAACCCAUUAUUUACCGUAUACACCUACCUACCUAGUACCCACAUAUCUACCUAGCUUGUUUUGUUCGUGUGGAGAGCCGGAACUUUUGUCUUUGUCGUCAAAAAAAAACAGUAUUAAUUAUUAUCAACGAUGGCACACUACAAGGGUGCCGCCAGCGAAGCCGGCCGCGCCAUGCAAUUGAUGAAAAAGCGGGAGCUGGCCCAAGCCGAAACUGAACUGCGCAAGAAGAAAAUCGAAGAAGACAUGAAACUGUCCAACAUUGAAAACAAGUUCGCCAAACAUUACGACGCCGUCGAGGCACAGCUCAAGAGUUCCACCAUUGGUUUGGUGACGCUCGACGAGAUGAAAGCCAAACAAGAGACGAUCGUUCAAGAGAGAGUCAUGAAAUUGGCGCAAAAAGAAAAAGAAGUAGAAUUCGAAAAGCAACGUCAGCUGGAAGCCAAACUGGAAGAGAAGAGACAACAGCAACGAAAGAUACAGGCUUUAUCGUUUAUCGGAGAUGAAGAAGAAGAGGUGGAAAGCGAAGAUGAUGCAGCAGAAGAAGAAGAAGAAGAACAACAACAACAACAACCACAACAAGUUGUUGAUCAGCCUUCGACUUCAGAACCGUUACCGAAAAAAAUUAAAAAGAACCCCGACGUCGACACUAGUUUUUUGCCAGAUCGAGCUAGGGAAACUGAAGAAAAUUGUUUGCGCGAAUCACUCAGGCAAGAGUGGUCUGACAAACAAAAAUGUUUAAAAGAAGAAGAAAUCAGUAUAACGUUCAGUUACUGGGACGGUUCUGGGCAUAGACGAACAAUUGUUAUGAAAAAGGGUAACACAAUAUACCAGUUUCUACAAAAAGCAAUGGAGCUAUUGCGUCGCGAGUUUGGAGAAUUGAAAACUAUUAUGGCCGAUCAGUUGAUGUACGUCAAAGAAGACCUUAUAUUACCUCAUCAUUAUUCGUUUUAUGAUUUCAUCGUUGCCAAAGCGAGAGGUAAGAGCGGACCGUUAUUUACUUUCGGUGUUCACGACGACAUUCGAAUGGUGAGCGAUGCUAGUUUGGAAAAAGAAGAUUCCCAUGCCGGAAAAGUGUUGUUGAGAAGUUGGUACGAAAGAAAUAAACACAUCUUUCCAGCCAGUCGUUGGGAACCAUUUGAUCCAUUGAAAACAUUCGCCAAGUAUACGAUUAAAGAUAAGACUCAAAAACACGAAGGAACGAAACUAAAUUGAAAAUUAUAAUAUACCAUAAAUCAUAAUAUGUAUAUAAAUUAAUUGUAAAAAAAAUUUGUAAUUUUAAAUCAAUACACACAUUUUACCAACUUGGCUGCUUUGUUUUAAUG